AUGCGUACGUAUGUGUGCCGCCUCAUUCCCCGCCACAUAGCCCUCCCUCAUCACCACACUCGCCCCACCACAACCUCUAUCACAACUCCACCAAAUCACACUCACCACCAGGACCUUACAACUUCAUCCACAAAGGAUUCACAACCUUGCAACAUCACCAGUACCACAGCCACCAUCAAAACCAACCACAGCAGCCUCAAGCAUACCGCCCCUACCACCACAACAUCCACAACUUCACCCCAACCACCACCACAACUUCCACAACUUCACCCCCAACCACCACCACAACUUCCACAACUCUCAGCACAACUCCACCCGAACCAUCAACCCAUCCCGCCCACCACCGCCGCCCACGUCACACCUCACGCCUCCUUCAGAACAUCAAUUACCCCAAAUAUCGGAACUCCCUCUGGCAGAAUAUCUGGCAGGGCAGUCAUCUGA